AUGUCGCUCUCCGGAGCUGAUGGACCCUUCCAGGUCGGGGGGAUCGUCACUUACACAAAGAGAAGAGGUGUGUCCAGUGCCGUCGGCACUCUGGUCAUUUUGUGGGAGGGAUGCAUGCAAGCGGGCUUGGAAUGGAAAUCCCUGCACUCGCUCCGGUUUGGCGUUUCCACGCGCGUCUGCCCUUAA